AUGACUGAGAUUAACUUGGGUAUUACCGCUGAUAUGCACGUACACUUGCGUGACGGCGCCAUGUCUAAAUUGAUAACCCCAACCGUUCGUUCAGGAGGGAUUGCCAUUUGUUACGUGAUGCCUAAUCUUGUUCCCCCCAUCACCACCAAGCAACAAGUAAUCGACUACCAUGCACAACUCAGCACACUCGCCCCGGAGACGACAUUUUUGAUGAGCUUGUACUUAUGUAAGGAAUUGACUCCGCAAUUGGUUGAUGAUGUGAGUCAUUUGAUUCAUGGUAUCAAGUGUUAUCCUGCUGGUGUAACGACGAAUUCGGCUUUGGGUGUAGACCCCAAUGAUUUCAGUUCAUUUUAUCCUUUGUUUGAAGUAAUGGAAAAGAGGGGUUUAAUUCUUAAUAUUCAUGGUGAAAAAGCUUGUUUAUCAAAAGAAGAAGAAGCUAGAGGUAAUGUUGACGAUGAAAUCAAUGUCAUCAAUGCUGAGCCCAAAUUCCUUCCUGCGUUGCGUAAAUUGCAUGCUGAUUUCCCCAAAUUGAAGAUUGUGUUGGAACAUUGUACCACGCAUGAAUCAAUAGCGUUGAUUCGUGAAUUAAACCAGGGUAAAACUGCCAAUGACGAAAUCUACGUGUCGGCCACGAUAACUGCUCAUCAUUUAUAUUUGAUCAUUGAUCAAUGGGCAGGAAACCCCAUCAAUUUCUGUAAACCAGUGGCCAAGUUCCAAAAAGAUCGUCAAGCAUUAAUCAACGCAGCAACCAGUGGUGAACCAUGGUUCUUCUUCGGCUCCGAUUCAGCUCCCCACCCAAUCCACAAAAAGCAAGUUCAUGUCGGUGUAUGUGCUGGUGUGUAUACGCAAUCCAAUGCCGUGGCUUAUGUGGCCGAGGUCUUUGAUAACCAGGGCAAAUUGGCCAACUUGAAGAAAUUCAUCAGUGAGAAUGGAGUCAAUUUUUACAAAUUGAAACCGGAAAUUGUCGACAAGCAUAAGGGGGAGAGUGUUUGGUUGGUUGAGAGAAGCAAUAAUGUACCUGAUGUGAUUGGAAACGGUGAGGUUGAGGUUGUACCUUUUAAAGCUGGGGAGACAUUGAAAUAUGCUAUUGAAUGGAGAAAGAAUUAG